GUUUUCUCACUGCAUUGCCCCUUUCAGAGGCGGCGAUGGGCGGCUGGCGGCGUUAGGGGGCGCUGUUGAGCAGAUAUUUUUGUUUCAGUCCCGUUUCCCUCCAUGGUUUCCCCUUCUCUCCGACUAACUUAGCGUUCGGCUCACUUCAUUACACAGCCCCGUCUUCACCCUCCGUUAAAAAAAAGGGGCAUCUCCGCCGAUUCGCGCUGAAGAUCCCACCAGAAGCCCGAGAGAGAGGAGAACAAAAAGUUUCACUUCCACAGGGGGAAGAUGGACAUGAAAAAGAGGAUCCACUUGGAGCUAAGAAACAGGACACCGUCUGAUGUACGAGAGCUCGUCCUCGAUAAUUGUCGGUCGGUUGAAGGGAAAAUCGAAGGCCUCACAGCCGAGUUCGUCAACCUCGAGUUCCUCAGUUUGAUAAACGUCGGCCUAAUCUCAGUGUCCAACCUACCGAAACUAGCAAAACUGAAGAAGCUGGAGCUGAGCGACAACAGAAUCAGCGGCGGCCUCGACGUCUUAGCAGAGAAACUCCCCAACCUCACACAUCUAAACCUGAGCGGAAACAAAUUGAAAGACAUCAGCACGUUGGAGCCGUUGAAAAAGCUGGAACACCUGAAGAGUCUGGACCUGUUCAACUGUGAAGUAACGAACCUGAACGACUACAGAGAGAGCGUCUUCAAGCUGCUGCCUCAGCUCACAUACCUGGACGGCUACGACAUGGAGGACAUCGAAGCCUCCGACUCUGACGGGGAGGUGGACGGAGACGGCGUGGAUGAUGACGAGGACGAAGAGGGAGAGGAGGAGGAAGACGAAGAUGGGGAGGAGGAAGACUUUGAUGAGGAGGACGACGAUGAGGAAGAUGAAGAGGAGGUAGAAGGAGAGGAGGAUGAUGAGGAAGUCAGCGGUGAAGAGGAGGACGAAGAGUUCGGUCAAGAUGGAGAAGUGGAGGAUGAGGAUGAAGACGAGGAUGAAGAUGAAGAAGAAGCAGAGGCCGGGAAAGGCGAGAAGAGAAAGCGAGAUCCAGAGGAUGAAGACGAGGAUGAGGACGACGAAGACGACGAUUAAAAGCAAAAAAAACGAAAAAAAAAAACGGAAAACGAGAGCCUACCGAGUUUCCCCUCCUCCCUCUUUUGACCCCGUCACAAAAACCCGAACGUCCAACAACUCACACCGCCUUUUUAAUCCGCCUCAACCUGCUCCCCUCCCCAGCACUGGGCUCUUUUUACGAGCAAGACUGUACCGACGGGUGGGCCGAGUGGAGCUGCUCCUCCCACAAUCCCCCCUUUUUUUUCUUCUUCUUCUUCUUCUUCUUCCUCCCACUCCAAUGGACUGAGAGCCACCUAACACCCACUUCGCUCCCACCCGUAACCCCAGAGGUUCUCAGGCAGCCUACCACUCAGCAUUCCACAUUUCCACUGUCCGCCCCUCUUUAUGUAUUCCCGCGUGAGGACUUUGGGACUGGUAUCUAGUUUUGGGUCUGUGUUUUUAAUAUUUUGUUGGAUUCGAUUUUUUUUUUCUUUUUUUUUUUUGUUGUUGGGUUUAUUAUUUCCCUAUUUUUUUUUUCUGUUUUAUUUUGUUUCCCCCAAUAAAAUUAUUGCUAUAGCAGCUGUGCAACCAGCAGGCCAUGGGUUUUUAGUCUGGCAGCCUGUUGCACAAAUCAAGGUUGUAGCUACAUUUUUACUUUCUGUAUGACAAAAAAAAAAACAACUUUGUAAAUAAAAUGUUAACAUUU